GAAUGGGUCGGCAAACAUCGGCCGGUCAAACAAAAGACGCUUUGACUUUGACCAAAACGCGGCUUGCAGCGGUCUCACAAGGAGGCAGAUCUUCUCCACAAGCCCACCAGCCACUGUCGGCCACCACAACUUUUUUUUGAGCUUGUCUCGUGCCAUCAUCGUAUACAUACAAAAUGUCGGCCUCACUUCCUGGUAACCGCGCAUUGCCGGCUUCGCAGUAUAAUCUCGACACAUACUGGGGUCGUGUCAGACAUGCUGCCGAUUUGUCUGAUCCGAGAACAUUGUUCACCUCUCCAGCUGGUCUUGAAAAUGCAAAGGAUCUGGUCACCUCCUACAAGCAGGGCAAGAUCCAGUCUAUGACUCCUGAUCUGUGGAGCGCAAAGAAGGUCAUUGAUGCCACACUUCACCCUGACACCGGCGAGAAGGUCCUCCUCCCCUUCCGCAUGUCCGCCUACAUCUUUUCAAACCUGGUCGUCACAGCAGGCAUGCUCACACCCGGUCUAAGCACAACCGGCACUCUCGGCUGGCAAAUCGCCAAUCAGUCUCUCAAUGUCGCCAUCAACUCCUCCAACGCCAACAAGUCGAUCCCCUUAUCCAUGUCCACAAUGGUGCAAUCCUACUUCCUCGCUGUCGGCGCCAGUUGUGGUGUCGCUCUCGGUCUCAACUCCAUUGUCCCCCGUCUGAAGCGCGUAAGCCCAAACACCAAGAUGUUGCUCGGUCGCCUGGUCCCCUUCGCCGCAGUCGCAUCAGCAGGUGUCCUCAACGUCUUCCUCAUGCGCGGAGAAGAAAUCCGCAAAGGCAUCGAUGUCUUCCCCACCGAAACCGAAGCCCAAAAGCUCAAGCGCGAAGAAGCAGGUCUCCCUCUCCAAUCGCUCGGAAAGUCGAAGAAAGCAGCCACCCUUGCUGUUGGCGAGACUGCUAUCUCUAGAGUCAUCAACGCUACUCCUAUCAUGGUUUUGCCUCCUCUGUUGUUGUAUCUUUGCGCUGCCGUUGGCUCUGGCUAUUUUCCCGCAGAGACAGGCUGUCAAGGCUGAUUCUUUGGAGGCUGAGUUCCACGGUCGUGCUGGAGACGAUGGAUGUGUUGAGUUCAACAGAGGUAUCUAGAGAGGCUUGGUCAGGU